AUGAAAGUUCAUGUCGCUGACAGCUCAUGCAACUUUAUCAAGGAUGAAAAAGGUCUUCGCCCUAGACUCACGGGCCGUGUGGUGCUCACAGCUAUUUUGGCCGUACUUGGUGGUGGAUUUCACUUUGGAUUCCAAAUUUCUAUAAUAAAUCCACUGGCGGAAGUACUGCAGAGUUUCUUGCUGGAAAAUUUUCAAAGGAGGUACCUAGUAUCAUUGACCCAGUCAGACUUGUCGUUAGUUUGGUCGACAGUCGCUGGUUCUCUCUUCGUCGGCGCAGCAUUUGGAGCUUACAUAAUGUCGAAAAUUCUUGAACUACGCGGUCCAAAAUAUGGAAUUCUCUGUUCGGCUUUGGUGCUAGUCAUCGCCACUCCUUUGUCUGGUCUUUCACAUUUACUGGAAUCACCAGAGCUGUUCGUCUUUUCUCGGUUGUUCUCCGGUAUCGGAGUGGGUAUGGGCACAACAGCACAAGGAGUGUUCUUAGCAGAAAUUAGUCCAGUAGCCUAUCGUGGUGUUAUAAGCUCUUUUGGAGGACUAUCAACGAAUAUUGGAUUCAUAUUCGCUAGUGCACUAGGCCUACCGACCAUACUUGGUACUAAGACUUCAUGGCCGUAUGCUUUUUAUUUAGAAGCAGUACCAUGUAUUAUCCUUAUUAUUAUGAACAUUGGUUGGUUCCGCGACAGUCCUGUGUUUCUUUUACGUAAAGGAGACGAUACGAACACGUAUAAGGCUUUAACCGCUUAUUGCGGAUUCGAUGCCGCACCUUAUGAGAUGGAACGAGUCGCGAAUGAGGUGAAGAGUUACAGCGUGAGAGGUGACGUCAUUUGGGACAGGGCAGCACGGCGUGCACUGAUGCUCUCAUUAACGCUGAAUGUUGUUGUAUCCUUCAGCGGUAUUUUGGCGGUUUCAUUUUUUGGAACUUUCCUACUGCAGUCAAUUGGAUUCACUGAAUACACUGCAUCACUAGCCAACUGUCUUUCUGGCCUUUCCGGUACUGUAGGAGCCAUUGUGGGAACUUUUGCAGUGGAUCGGCUUGGCCGCCGCCUUCUAGUGCUCGGUUCCUUGGUGCUUCUAGCUGCAGUGAACACAUCUAUGAUGCUGCUAGUCUACUGGUUCAAUAUCACGAAACAAACGUGGAUUGGAUGGGGAUUCCUAGCGCUUUUCAUCAUAUUUCUCUUUCUAUUCAGUGCCGGCAUUGGACCAACAGCGUGGUUCCUGGGUGCCGAACUAUCACCGGCUCCUUGUCGAGCCAAAAUGCAGUCGAUGAGCGUCUCAGCACAAUACCUAUCGUGUUUCCUCUCACCGAUCAUCUACUAUCCGCUAAACGCGUCGAUUGGAGCCCCGUCGUUCCUCGUGUUCAUCCUUCCGCUCACCAUAUCGGCUAUUUAUUUCCACAGAUACUUGCCCGAAACAAAAGGUCGAACAACUGAGGAGAUUACAGUCAUAUUAAAUCAGGACGAGUUAAAGCAUUAG